CCCUACACUCACUUACACACACACACAGAGAGACAGCGUGAGCGCACACGAGUAACAGAGACAGCGUGAGCGGCACAGCCAGUAGGAGCGAGUACAUCAGCACCAACAACAAACAGGUCAUUUUGUUGUUCAGCCGACACCGACGUAGACGCUGACGCCGCCGCCGCCGCCGUUAUUAGGCUUUAUUAUUGCUUCUUAUAUUCUAAAGGCGAGAGCAACAGCUGAGCAGCAGCAGUAGCAUAACACAGCAGCAGCCAACCCAGAAGUCAAUCAACAACUUUGAUUAGAAAGAAGCACGCGUUUGCUGCUUUUGAUAUUCUUCUUCUACAGCAUUUGCCGCAAUGGGCCUAUUGAGCGAGGGCAAUCCACUCUCCUGGGAGGAGACCAAAAAACUAGUAGAUCAUGUUCGUGAGCACGGAAUCAAUCAGUUCAUACAUCUAUACCACAGACUGAAGGAUCGCCAGGGCGACAUACUCAAAUGGGGCGACGAAGUGGAAUACAUAAUUGUCAAGUUCGACGAUGAGCAGAAGGUGGCGCGCGUUUCACUGAAGGCCAAGGAUCUGCUGGCGAAACUCAACGAAAAGGAGCUGGCGGAUCCCAACGGCGUCAAGUCGCUGUGGCGGCCCGAAUAUGGCGCCUACAUGAUCGAAGGCACUCCGGGCAAGCCCUUUGGCGGCCUGAUGGCGCACUUCAAUCUGGUGGAGGCCAACAUGCGGUAUCGCCGCGAAGAGGUCACCGAGCUGCUGGACAGCGAUGAGUGCGUGAUGUCCAUAACAAACUUUCCGCGACUGGGUGCGCCGAACUUUACGUAUCCGGUGUACCAGCCGCGACCCGAAGAUCCCCUGAGCUCCGCCCGCUCACUCUACUUUCCCGAUGAAGCCAUAUUUCCGGGCCAUCCGCGAUUCAAGACGCUCACGCGGAACAUACGCAUGCGGCGCGGCGAGAAGGUCUCCAUCAAGCUGAAGGUCUUUAAGGAUGUGAACACACAGCUGCCCGUGGAGGGUGCGCCGCCUGGCGAGCCGGAUGUUGUGCUCCUGGAUGCCAUGGGCUUCGGCAUGGGCUGUUGCUGCCUCCAGCUGACGUUUCAGGCCUGCAACAUAACCGAGGCGCGUCGCCUGUAUGAUCAGCUAGCGCCGCUUUGUCCCAUCAUGUUGGCCCUGACCGCCGCCUCGCCGGUUUACCGCGGCUAUCUGACUGAGUCGGACUGCCGCUGGAAUGUGAUUAGCUCCUCGGUGGAUUGCCGCACAGAGGAGGAGCGCGGCCUGAAGCCGCUUAAGGAAAACAAAUUUCGUAUCGCCAAAUCGCGAUACGACUCCAUCGAUUCGUAUCUGUCGCCCGAGGGGGCGAAAUACAACGAUGUGAAGCUCACCUACGAUGAGGCUGUGUACAAGCGUCUCAUCGACGGCGGCAUCGAUCAUCUGUUGGCCCAGCAUGUGGCCCAUUUGUUCAUUCGGGACACCGUAUCGCUGUUCAGCGAGAAGGUCCAUCAGAAUGAUGAGGAGGACACAGAUCAUUUCGAGAACAUCCAGUCAACCAAUUGGCAGACGAUGCGCUUCAAGCCGCCGCCGCCGAACAGCUCGAUUGGCUGGCGUGUCGAGUUUCGUCCCUGCGAGGCGCAAAUCUCCGACUUUGAGAAUGCGGCGAUUGUGUGCUUUGUGGUGCUGCUGACCCGUGUCAUCUUAUCGUAUCAGCUGAACUUCUUAACGCCCAUCAGCAAGGUCGAUGAGAAUAUGCAGACGGCCCAGAAGCGGGAUGCGUGCCGCAAGGAGAAAUUCUGGUUCCGCAAAUCGUCCAAGUCGACGGAACAGCGCGCCGCCUGUGUCCAGAUCAACGGCACCACGCCGAGCACAAAUGGCAGCAGCAAUGCGACGGCUUCGAGUCCCCUAUUCAAUGGCACUGCCAAGCUGAAUGGUCAUGGAAAUGGACUAAACGGCAAUGCCAACAACAACAGCAACAGCACCAACACGAAUGGCACCCACAUUCAGAAUGGAGGCAGCGACAGCGAUCACACCGAUACGGAUGAUGAGGAGACCGAGCUGUUCCAGCUGCUUAGCAUCAAUGAGAUUUUCAAUGGCAAGCCCGGCGUAUUCCCUGGCCUGGUGCCGCUAAUACGGAGCUAUCUGCAGUCGAUGGAGGUGGACACUGACACGCACUGCACAAUUGAACAGUAUCUGCGCUUCAUACAGAAGCGCGCCGCCGGCGAGCUGAUCACCACGGCUACCUGGAUACGUGAGCAGGUGCUCAGUCAUCCGGACUACAAAAAGGAUUCGAUAGUCAGCGAUCGUAUUAACUACGAUCUGCUCAAGAGCAUACAACGCAUACAGGAGGGCAAGCAUGUGGAGCCGGCGCUGCUUGGCCAGGGCAAUCAUUCCAAGACGAAAGAUUUCAUUCCGCCCGCACUUCAGAAGCAGCUGGCCAAGACGGGCUGUUGCGAGGACAAAUGAUCGCGUUGAUUUGACUCGCCGAAAUAGACACACGCCGAAAUAUAUACACAAAAUACAC